AUGGAGCUGGAAGAGACGGGCGUACGAAUCCAGCCUUCACAGCUUGGUGGUGAGGGCGUCUUUGCCACCAGAAGCUUCAAGCCCGGUGACCAGGCGCACUUUCUGGAUGGUUCCUGUCAGGAUUUGAACGCCUCCGUCGAGCUGCCAGGGCUUGGCGUGACCGCUGUGGAUCGCGAUAUCGAAGGCCUAAAGGCCAGAUUCGACGAGCUUGCAGGUGAUGAUGCGGGCAUUACGUUGACGAAGCUUCGGUCGACAUCGCUCUUUCGUGGUCCUUCUGGGAGCUUGGGAGAGGAGCGCCGCAAUGCGUAUGGCAGCUGGGCUUCAAGCACUUGGCCGGACGCGUCUCCGGGACAGCAGGAGGCAAUGGCCGAUGCGAUGACCAUCAUGUCGUACAACUCCUACGUUUCGACGGACAGUACUUGGCAACUGGUCUAUCCCAUAAUUUCGAAGGCCAAUCACUCCUGCCUCAGCAAUGUGACCACAGUUGCGUCGCAGGAUGGAUUUGGCGAGCUCGUAUGCCUCCUUCCGAUUCAUGUUGGUGAUGAGAUUCUGACGAGCUAUUUGUGCGACUCGGAUCUUACACGCCCAAUAACGCAGAGAAAGAAGAUUUUAUUAGAUCGCUGGGACUUUGACUGCUGUUGCAGCCGUUGUGUUGCCUUGGAGGACGACACUCGACGUUUCACCUGCCAGAGCCUCCGGGAUCCACCACAGUGGAUGGAAAGUCAGGAGGCUUCUGCAGACGAUGCCUGCGAACUGCCUGAAGAGUCAACAGACUCUUCGAACCUUGCCGACAUCCUGGCUUCCUCGGAGGGGCUGCUUCCCAGCGGCCGAUGGGCCAAAGCCUGGCUGCAGCGCGAGGAGGAGGGAGAGAAGCUGCUUGAGGCAGUGCCUGAAGCGCUUUUUGCAGCUUGGGCCAAGCUGGAAGAGUUUGCUAAUGCGCAUCCUUGCCAUGGACUGUCUGGUCGUUGGAAGCGACACCUGGCCAUGCACACCGAGCGUGAAGCUGCGGAAGCCGAGACAGCAGAGGAGGCAGAGGAGCUUUCCGAGUUGGUCGAGCAGUACUGGGCAGACUAUCGGAGGUGUCUGGAAGUCAUGCUACCAGAACGCCACGAAGGUGGCCUCCUCGACCACUCUGCAGCCGCAAGGAGAAAGGUGGAAACAGGGGAAAAAAGAGCUGAUGCGGAAUGCGUGGUCUCCGGGCCUGCGGGCUUCCGCGUGCAGGCACCCCCGGUGGACACCAUGAUCGUCACCAUUCCCGAGGGUUCCCAGCCCGGCGACGAGCUCUCUUUCACUGCGCCCAGCGGUCAGGAAGUGAUCGUCGCUGUGCCAGAGGGUGCACUGCCGGGCGAGGAGUUGGAGAUUCCGCUACCUCCGCAAGCGAUGACAAAGGAAUCUGUUGCGAGCGGGUUGGGAGCUCGAGAGGCAGAGGCCGAUCGGCAGUGGGCACAGCUCACGAACAUCGGCGGCUAUCCAGCACUCUCGGCAGAACCGCCAAUCGCCACCUCUUACGAGCUCACGAAGCCAUCGGGGCUGCCCGCCUUACCUUCGAGCGCUGCGGGUGCGCCGGAUCCUGAGCCCGACGACGUGGCAGCUGCGCGGCAUGAAGUGGAGGCAGAGCUGCGAGCCCGCCAGACUACGAUGGAUGCAGUCGGAAGGGGAGGUGAAUCCGGUGUAUCGACCCCUGACACACAGCUGGCAAUCAAGAAGGACAGAGACUUUGUGCGUCGCAAUCUGCCGAUGAAUCUCCAGCAGCAGUACCUGCGGCGUGUUUCCACCCUUCCAGACAUCGUGAACCGAAGCAUCAAGGUUCCGGUUUCCCACAAGCAGCUCUACACCGAGGACCCGAGGGUGCGGGCUGCGACGAUUCGGAUGGCGCAUGGCAUGGAGCCACCGCACUUCCGGAUGGCGCUGGAAGAGUCUGCGCGGACCGGGUCCAAGUGGUCGCAGAUGUUCCGUCCAGGUUUCAAUGACAUAGUCAAUGAGACUUUCAAAGUCGGUGCGAAUGCCUGCAUCUUCUCCAAGACUUUCCUUUCGAACAAACAGGAACGAGAGCAGUUUCUGCGCAUGCACGUCAAGGACUCCAAUGGCAUUCUGUGGUUUGAGCUUCAGCGAGAGCUGGAGAGCAUCUACUACCAGAGGAUCGACUUCGUGGAUGUCCAGAUGUACCACCCGUUCGCCUGGGGGUUUCCAGACUCCUCCAAGAUCGUGACGCCCAACCCGGGUGAGCCGAUCGAUCCGUUCCAUGGCUGGUGUGCCAGAAAGAGCAUGGACAGCGUGACAGAGAUGGAGGAUGUGGAUUUUCUCUACACCCUCCGUCUGCGCUGUUUCCCCGAAAGCACAUUUCAGGCACUUUCGCUCGGAAAGAUCCCUGCGUUCAUACAGCAGCCUGGAUCUUGGGCCUCCGGCAUUGACAUGCCAAUGUGCCCGUAUGUGCCCAUGUUGCCGUCCAGCGCACCGAUCUGGCUUGUUCUUCAGUUUCGGCUCAGUGACGCUUUUAGUUUCGCUAAUCGUAUCUUGACUGGGUCCAAGACUGUGGCCAAGAUGCAGGUCUCGUUGGCUGUGUCGGUGAAGGGCGAGACGGCGACCUUCAACUUGACCCUGGGCAGCGACACUGACUGUGGCAGCCUUUUGUCGGAUAUCCACGGAGUGCUGAAGAAGCACACCCAGAGGAUGCUGGAUGAGAGCUCUGAUGGAGAUCGGAGCGACGUUUCAGAAAGCCUGGAGGUCCUGAAGAGCAUGGAGGAGGCUUCGAAGGGACUCUCCGAGCCCGCAGAACCCACGGAGCCCGCGGAGCCCAAGCAGUCUUGCGGCACUGGCUUUACCCGGCCGCAGCCGCCUCCUGGCAAGGCUGCGAAGCCUCGCCCCAGGCGCACGAAGGUGGUGAUGGCAAGCAGCCUCGGCGAGGUCUUGGGGUGUAUCCCCAAGCUGGAGCCGAAGCGCACCUUCCGAGUCUCCGACAUCUCCGUCUUCGAUGUCCGGAACGAGGUGCCCAAAGACCUGCUGUGGGACUCCGAAGCCUCCUGCGAGUCUCGCCAGAGGAUUGGAGUUUCGAACAUUGGUUCCAGUUUCGCCUGUUUCGUCGAUGCAGAGGGGCCCAUGAGGUAUAUUGACAUCCACAAGGACACCCUCUCAGAUGUUGAGGACGAGGAGGAAGAAGGGCCUGACAAAGCCACAGAGGCUGGGUCCAAGUCCGUCCUGUCCAAGGACGAGAUGCUCGACUAUGGUCUGCGGGAAGACCAGGAGACCCUGGCCCUGCCAGAGGACAUCAACCGACAGCAGAAAGGCAACUCAGGUCCGGAUGUAUUGGAUGCGCAGAUCAAGCAGUUCAAGCUGAAAGGCCUCAGCGCCAUGCGCGUCUUUCUACGCACCCGCGGUGUCCCGGACAACAUGAAGCAGUGUCAGAUCACGCCGAAGAUGGUGAAGGAUAUGGCAGCGCAGCUGGGUGUGCGGCCGCAUCCGGAUCUGUAUUGGUAUUGCAUGUUUGCGCUUCGCUAUUCUCUGGCUCCCGAAUGGGAGGUGAUUGUGAAGCAAGACACUCGCUUCUACGUCCAUCUGCCCACGGAUCGUAUGCAGAUCGUGCACCCGAUGAUCAGGCGGUUCCGUGAGCAUCUCGAGGACACUCGACAGAACGAGUUCCUCUGGGAGUAUCGUGGGUUUGUGCAGAUGAAAUGCAGCGAGUGCGGCAUUCCAGAUGCAAUCGUCUGGUGCCAGCAGUGUACAGACUACUUCUGCGCCACUUGCUUCCUUUCAACGCACAAGACGGCACGUGGAAAGAAGCACUGGCCGUCUCCCAUCCCGGGCUGCAGAUAUCUGACGGCAUCCGAGGCCGCCCGAAUGCACGACCACUUGCCGCUGCUGAACGUCGGCUUCUCCAUGCGCCGCCGCUUCCUGGCACGGGACAACCAGUCCGACCGGAACGGCUCCAGAAGUGGAGACACCUGGCUGUUUUUCCAUGCCGACACCUUCGAGGCAGCCUUGUUGCAAGCUCCGGAGAAGCACUGGUUUCUGAAGCGUUUGAAGCCACCGCGACUUGCGCCCACUGCUGAAGGCUACUACUACAACUUCCGCAACGAUGUGAUCGCAGACGACCCUUCGCACAUUAUGUCGAAGGCGCACGAACAGAAAGCCAUCGCAUUGCUGCAGAAGAACAUCCGUGGUGUCAUCACUCGGAAGCGCAUCAAGCAAGAGCUGAAGGCUGCCAAGAUCAUCCAGAAGAGCAAGCGGAUGUGGGACGUGCGAAAGGCCAAGACGGACACAGCACGAAACCUGCAGCUCCUCAAAGGCUGGUACAUGCGCUACCAGGCCAACGAGAGGCAGUCCAAGAUGCUCCACCGAGUGACCCGGUUCCAAGCAGUGUGGCGAGGUUACAUGGUUCGCUGUGACCAUUACCGAACGAUGAGGGACAUCACUCGCUUUCAAGCAAAGUGGAAGGGCACGCUCACCCGGCGCCGACAUCAAGUUCUGGUGAAGGCCGGCCUGACCAUUCAGCGAUACUAUCGCGGCAGGCUUUAUGGCCGUAGGCCGAUGCGGGAGAUGAACGAGGCGGCCUCGAAGCUCCAAGCUAUGGCUCGUGGAGUCGCUCUGCGAGACGCGGGGCGAGACAAGAAUCGUGCAGCUGCCUACGUGCAAGCCCAUUGGCGAGGGUACGAGGCACGCAAGAUGACGGCGAGGAGAUUGAACUCUGUCAUCAUGUUGCAGCGGAAUUGGCGAAGAUUCCAGUCGCAGUUAGAUGUCAAGGUCAUCCUUUACGACAGGAUGGAGACUGUGCGGCAGCGGUUUCUGGAGCUGAUCCGGUCAAAGCUGGAGGGCUCCGCAGCUGUUUUGAUUCAGCGAAACUGGCGCCGGCACUCCGAGUACCAUAAGGUCGUCACAAUGAGGAAGACCAAGGCAGAGGCCGACAAGCGCAUUAGCACGCUUCUGACAGCCUUCUACACCGCAUCAUCAGAGAUUCGACACUACAUCCACCCGUGGUGGCGGCAUCUGCCCGCGGAGAUCCAGGAGGUGCUGUCUCAAGUCAAGGCCUCGAUGCAGCGAACCAUCGGCCUUGUGCAUGUGACUGGCAAACUGGCCAACGAAGAGAUUGGCAAGCGAGGCCUGCGUGUCUCUGGGCAUGAACAUCUCUAUUACAACAGCGAUAAGCCUGAUCUGGCAUCCCACAUGCUGCUCUCCGUCACGCGGCAUCUGCUUAACCAGAUCCCUGCAGAGACGUUCCCCCAGACCGUGGAGUGGGCCUGCUACGCCAUGGGCCAUCAAGCCGUCAAGUUUGCGCUCAGCCGCAGCUUCAUCGCCAGGGAGAUCAUCCCGGUGGGCAAAGAGAUCCCGCCGCAUCCCGGAGACUCUUUGGCGACUCUUUGGGAAACCAGUGGGACGGUCAAGCACCACCAUGACUGGCUCAUCACCCUCUCGGAGGAGAGCUUGCCAUGUUUAGUGCUGAACACGCUCCCCGCCAGCCAUCGCCACGUUUACCUGACGGCAGAGGUGUUGGUGACAAUGCGCCAGGCACUGGAAUCGCCUACGAUCUCCACAGAGGACCAUCUGCGUUUUCAAGGCCUUGAUGCCACCGCAGGGGCCCAGAUGAUGGAGGUCUUGAGCAGCGAGCUCGACCACCGAUUGCCCCAUGAUUGGACACAGCAGCACGGAACGGUGGCAGCGCUGGCGAUCGUGCUGAGCAACCACAUGAAAGAUUUCAGUGGAGAAAAAGACAAGGAUGGAAAGCCUCUGUCGACCAAGGCAAAGGCCAAGUCAAAGUCCAAGGCAGAUCCAAAGGCCAAAGGCGCCGUUAAGCGAAACGGAAGGACCGGACUGGAUAUCCCCAGAGAUGGUGACUCUGUGUCAGUGGCCACCACCACACCAGGGGCGUCGCCAACCGCGCCCUUUUCCACACCGUUGCCGGAAGGUGGAGCGUUGUCUCACUUCACUCGAGCCGCCACGAUGCGGGUUCUGCAGCAGGUUGGAUACUUCAUGCGGGGUCAGGAUGAAGCCAUGCAGAGCGUGCUGGCCAAAGGCUCCUCGGAUCCGGCAUCCCCGAAAGCUGGAGCAGGUAUGCGUGCAAACCGCUUCGUCUCCGUCACGGACAAAUUGUUUGAGAUGGCCGACCGAGCGAUGCACGAUCAUUGCUCCUUCGUGCUUGCAGUCGUGCUACUGCACAUGGUCCUCAGAGGGCUGCAUCUUCGUUUACUGUAUCACCGGGCUGCUGUGUCCAUCCAGCAGCGAUACCGUUACAUCAAGUUGCGGGGGCAGAAGCAGAAUGCUAUUGCACCUGCGAUGCGAAUUCAACGGCAUUGGCGUGGACUUCGCGCCGCCUUGGGCAUAAUGCGCAAGGACGACGCUGCAUGCAAGAUUCUCCGGAACUACAAGGCGUGGAAAUGGAAUCUCCGAGCUUCCAAGCUCCUCAACUCCGUACUCCGAAUUCAGAGAGCAUGGCACAGCUCAGUGCACCGGAAGUGGAUCAAGCGUUGCCACAAGGCCGCUGCUUGCAUCCAGCGCCAUGCGAGGGGCUUCGCAGUGCGGCUCAUGCUGGAUCCAGUUGGACGGCAGCUGACCGGCCAGUGCCAGGAUGAAAUCGAGGCCCUGGUCGCUGCCAGAAGUCAGAUGUCCGAGACUCGGUGGUGGGCCAAAACGGCCGUUCGGACGGCAAAGGCUCGUGUCGAGAUGGCGCGGCAUCGCCAGCGCAGUCUCGAUCGGAUCCUCAUGCAAGGUCUCGGGCCCAGGUCUGACCAGGCCCGGCUCAUGGACAAGCAGAGGAGGCUGAGGGGGAAGGUUGCAGAAGACCUGGGCUUCUGGCUUUGGGCAUUCCUGCUGAGGACGUUUCUAGGAGAUGGUAGGAUUUGA